CGUCGCCUAGGAGUGAGUAGUGUUGCAUGCGGGUCGGGGUUAUAUCGCUGCCUGUCGCGUACCGCGUGGAACUUCUGAGCCAUCCGCAGACGGACUGGUGCCCAAGCGGGUCCGACAGGCUCUCCAGGCGCAGCAUGGGCGUCCUUGAGGCGGCGGCCCGGGCGCUGAUCCGCGGUGCGGACAGGAUGAGCAAGUGGACUAGCAAACGCGGGCCGCGCACCUUCCGUAAGGGCCGGGGCGCCAAGGGCACUGGCGUCUUCGCCGCGGGCCGGAAGUUUGUGCUGAUAAAGGAAAUGGUCCCCGAGUUCGUCGUCCCGGACCUGGCUGGCUUCAAACUCAAACCUUACGUGAGCUACCGCGCUCCCGCUGGCGUCGACACGCCGCUCACAGCUCGGGAGCUCUUCGAGGCUGCGGCCGCGCCCGCCAUCGAGAAGGACGUCAAGGACGGCACCUUCGACCCCAACAGCCUGGAGAAGUACGGCUUUGAGCCCACGCAGGACGGCAAGCUCUUCCAGCUGUACCCCAGGAACUUUCUGCGCUAGACGGCGGGCGAAACGGACUGCGCACCCGAGUGGGAGGGAGCGCCCUGGCCUCAGUUCUAUUAAAGGCCUUUGCUGCUCUGCA